AGUUUGACAGUUUAGGUGCAAAUAAUCAUAAACAAAAUAUAAUUUUAUGUUUCUAUGGCAUCAUUUACUUAAAAUUCAGCUUGAAAGAAAGUGUUUCAGCAAAUGAGUGUUUUCUUUUUUUUAUUAACCAGGAAUCAGAGGUGUUAUAACAAAAACUAAAUACAAAAAUAACAUUAGCAGCUGCUAGGCUAGAACUUUCAUGAGGUCAACAAGCUGAGAAGAGUUUUUAAAGAAGAUGUGUAAUUAUAAUCAAAAGCUUUAAGAUAACAUCAUUUAGUAAACGGUAAGCAACAAGUUGACGUCGCUAACGCAACUUGAAGAAGAAAAAGAAAAGAACCCAAAAAAAGUAGCAACAACCACAACGACCGGGUUCUAACAUAAUAAUACCAAAAAGAAAACUAAAUCAAAACGUGGCAUUUAAAGCGGAACUUAAUAUAGUUUGCAAUCAAUGUUUUUUCAAUUAAAAUUUCAAUAAAAACAAAUAAACAAACGUUGGAAACAAAAUGUUAGUGCAAUGUUAUCAAAGAUGGCUAAUGAGCCUAUUAUUUUUAAUGGUAUUACCCACCUUAUGUUGGGGACUUUUGGAUGGUUUGUAUUGUGGCAAACAAAAUUGUUACGAUGUCUUGGGUGUAACGCGUGAUAAUACUAAAUCGGAAAUUGCCAAAGCUUAUCGUCUGUUGGCAAGGAAACAUCAUCCUGAUUUGCAUCGUACAGAAGAGGCUAAAAAGGAAGCAGAAACACAAUUCAAAUUAAUAGCUACUGCCUAUGAAAUUCUAAAGGAUGAUGAAUCACGUAAUGAUUAUGACUACAUGUUGGAUAAUCCAGAUGAAUACUAUGCCCAUUACUAUCGUUACUAUCGGCGAAGAGUGGCACCCAAAGUGGAUGUACGUAUAGUUAUCAUUGCCACUCUCACCAUUAUAUCCAUCAUACAAUACUACUCCGGAUGGCAGCGUUACGAUUCGGCCAUUAAAUACUUUGCUACUGUUCCUAAAUACCGCAACAAGGCCUUAGAAAUAGCCAAGGAUGAGAUUAAUGAAAAAAUCAACAAUAAAAAGGGCAAAAAUCGCCUAUCCAAGGCUGAACAAAAAGAAGAAUUGGAAAAGAUUAUACGCAAGGUGGUGGAAGAGAAAAUGGAUGUUAAGGGUGCUUAUGCCAAACCCUCAGUGUGGGAUGUCUUAUGGGUACAAAUCAUUAUUUUCCCUUAUACUCUAGUAAGAUGGCUUUGCUGGCAGGCCAAUUGGUUUAGGAGAUUUAACAUUUGCAAACAGCCUUACGGACGUGAAGAGCAGUUGUACUUAAUUAGGCGUCAUAUGAAAAUGGGACAACAUCAAUUCGAUGCCCAGGAAGACAAGCAAAUUGAGGAAUAUUUACAUUUGGAAUUAUGGGAAAAGGAUAAUUUUGAUGUUUGGAAAAUGGAGCAAGAGGAGGAAAUGAAAAAGAAAAUGGCAGAAAAUCCACGUUAUAAGGCGUAUCGUCGUUAUAUGAAAAAUCAUGGUCCUGGUCGUAUAACUUUUGAAGAUUAGAUUUAGAUCGAUUGCUAAAUAGAGGAAUUUUAUUUAUAAUUUUUAAUUUAAUUAAAGUUUUAUACAUUUUUUUACAUAAAAUAAUACUUAAUUGUUUUUGUGUUGUGUUGUGUGUGUUCAUCAAGUCAGAGUCCAGUACUUGUUUAGCCAUAAUUUUGAACAUGUAUUUUCUAACGUUUGUUUAUUGUGUUAAAUGCUUUUGAAAAAAAUUUAGAAAGUUAUACAA